CGUGCCUCUGCCCCCAGACGUAUGUAGGUAGUUCUUCAUGUUCUGCACUGCUGCCAGCUACAAUCAACAGCUCGUCAUUGAGCUCAGCUGGCGAUAGUAACCAUGAAGUCCCUAUCGGUCUUACUGCCCUGUGCAGCACUCGCUCAGUAUGCCGCUGCUCAAGGCGCAUACCUUUUCACCAUUGAUCGCUCCAUCACCGUCCCGUCGACCGGCAUGAUCGAUUCAGAAAUGGCGAGCGCCAUUAUCGCGAGAAGAAGGGCUCUUACGGCGGAUCGAUACCUGGGCAUCACAGAAUCGAUGCUGCUUGAAGACCUCAAUACCUAUGGGGGAUACCAGGCACCUCUGUUUGGAGAGAGCCAUCCCAAAGAUGCGCCAGGAAAGCUGUUCAUCAGAAUAUCGGGGGUCGACAUGCAGAUCAAGGACUUUGAUAUGGCCAUGCCUGAUCUGUGGAUUUCGGAUCCAACAAAGGACCUCCUCAGCGACUUCAAGGCGGUACCUGAUGGCAGUCGCAAAGAGAAAGAUGGGCUUUGCGAGUAUGACGUUCCCCCUUCUCGCAAUGCGCCCAACAGCAUGGGCGUCGAGGUUGUCUUCACCUAUCCCGCCGAAAAUGGACGGUGCCUCGCGGCCUCAGAGAUUCCAAAUAUCCCGAUCAUUCUCUCCCUCCACAGUUUUCUGCCCUCCAACCCAUCGGACGUCAAGACUAAGCUGAACUCCUUGGUCCGCAUCCUCAAACACUUCUCCGCCACCGACAACGUCGAAUCCACUCUUCUCCUCCUUCCAUCCACGAAGAGACUGAAGAACCCCAAGAAGAAGAAGGCUCACAGCCACAAGCACGCCGCCCGCUCGGCCCAAGAAUCUGAAGAGGAACGGCUCGACCUCCCGUCCACCACACCCACCCCGUCCUCCGUUUCCGAAUUUGACACCAUCACACCCGCCAACACUUCGUCAAACUUCACCCUCCCCUCGGUGAUCCCCGCGUGCUUCGCCUCGCAGUCUGCGUGUGAAAACACCACAAACUCCUGCUCAGGCCACGGCUCCUGCUACAAAGCACACAGCAAUUGCUUCAAGUGCCGCUGCACGUCCACUCUUGUCCGGAUCAACGAAGACGGGACCAAGAAGACCGUGAAAUGGGGCGGCAACGCGUGCCAGAAGAAGGACAUCUCGGUGCCUUUUGUCAUGUUUGCCAGCUUCGGCGUGGUUAUGACCGCGUUGGUGGCCGGAGCGAUUGGGAUGCUAUACAGUAUGGGAGCGCAGGAAUUGCCCAGUGUAAUUGGGGCUGGGGUCGCAGGACCCAGAACUGCAAAGUAGGACGUGGGCCGACUGUACUGUUAUAUUCUCCAUUUCAUGACAUGGCUCCGAGUGGGAACGGGGGAGUUCGGUUGAGGGUCGGAUCGAGACAGCUUGAACACCACGAAAGAUCCUGUAUAGAUGAAUCAACCAUAUGAUCCAAAAGCACAAUGACAUCAAUGUGGUGUUUAUUGAUCACUGUCCCAUGCACUUCAGCCAUUCCAGUGGAAGUUGGCCUCGACAAAUUGUCAGGGCAGGCUUUUGAGUUUCAAGUCACUUUCAAUCUCAUUGAUAAAACACAGGCACUGAGGUCCUAGAAAGCACAUACUACAAUGCAAUCCCAUGCAUGUGUCAUGCUCAUCGCAAGCAG